GCGACUAUCGAUAGUAUCGAACAUAGUCACAGCCCUAACAGAAACAAACAUAAAUCUUGAUAAAAUAAAAAUAUUAAAGUAGAAACUAAGUUGCAUUGGAAAAUUUGUAAACAUAAUGAGCGCUCCAUCAGUCCCAACGGGGAUUCAAUGCACCGCCGGUGCGGUGCCCAUACGAAACGAGAAGGGCGAGAUAUCCAUGCAAAAGGUUAAGGUGCAGCGAUAUAUAUCUGGCAAGCGACCCGACUAUGCACGCGCCGACUCCAGCUCGGAUGAGAGCGAUGACGAUGACUUCGUCGACAACCGAAAGCGAUUGGAACGCCACAAGGCGGAGCGCCACAAAGUCGAGCUGCUGCGACGCAACAGCGCCGAUAAGAAUACGGCGGAGCAAGAUGAGGCCGAGGUUGAUGACCCGCGUCUGCGGCGACUACGUGCACGCCCUGUGGAUGUGGAGGAUUUGGAACGCGAGCGUCGUGAACGCCACAGGCACAUCCACGAGCCCGAAAUGGUCGAGAGCGCGAGCGAAGAGGAGGAGCUCCAAGAUGACAACAACGCCGAAACGCAGCGACGCAUCGAGCGUGCCACCAACAAAAUAACGCUGGCCUCCGAGUCCGACACAGACUCUGAGCUAAGUGACACAGAAUUGGAGACGCGUCGUACAAAGCUGCGGGCGCGCAUGUUGCAGCAACAACGUGAAGAAGAAGUGCUGCAAAAGGAGGACGAAAAGCAGUCGGAAUCAUCGGAGUCGGAGAGCUCCGAGUACGAGGAGGAAACCGAAAGCGAGGAGGAAAACGAACCACGUCUGAAACCGCUUUUUGUGCGCAAACGAGAUCGGGCCACCAUACAAGAAAAAGAACGGGAAGCUCAAAAGCAAAAGCAAUUGGAAGCCGAAGCGAAACGAGCAGCCAAGGAGCGUAGACGGGCCACACUGCGCAUGGUGGAGGAUAGCGUGAAAAAGGACUUGGAGAAGAUCAAGCCAGAGACAAAUGAGGCGUCCAUUGACGAUGUGUGCACGGCCGAUGAGAACGACGAAGUGGAAUACGAGGCCUGGAAACUACGCGAGCUCAAGCGCAUGAAGCGGGAUCGCGAGGAGCGUGACAACUCUGAGCGCGAUAAACUGGAAAUUGAACGCAUGCGCAAUCUCACCGAGGAGGAGCGACGCCAGGAGCUGCGCUCGAAUCCCAAACUGGUCACCAACAAGGCGACCAAAGGCAAAUAUAAAUUCCUGCAGAAAUAUUAUCAUCGCGGUGCGUUCUACUUGGACGAGGAGAACGAUGUGCUGAAACGAGACUUUGCACAGGCCACGCUCGAGGAUCACUUUGACAAGACCAUUCUGCCCAAGGUGAUGCAAGUGAAGAAUUUCGGGCGCUGCGGUCGCACCAAAUACACGCAUUUAGUUGAUCAGGACACAACAAAAUUCGAUUCACCGUGGUAUGCGGAGACAUCCAACAAUAUGAAAUUUCACAAUGAGCGCGCUGGCGGCAUGAGGCAGCAAUUUGACAAGCCAACAGGUUCCAAACGCAAAAAGUUAGAAUAAUAUAAAUCACUUAAUGUAAACAUGAAAAUAUAUUACAAAUUAUAUUCACAAAAUGUCUUAAAC